AUGCCCUUCAACCUCUCUCUGUCUCGCGCCCGCGCGCCGCGCUACGCGCCCCUUCGCCCGUCUUCCUCGCACUCUGAAGACUCGGAGCGCUCCUUCCCCGAAGCCUACUGCGACUCGCCCAAAUCCGAGGACAUCGCCGACAUUGCGGAAAGGACAUCACGAUGGGUGCCUCUCCAAUACAUGCCCGCCAUCGGGGGCAGCCACUUCGACGAUGUCUACCGCUACAGGAACAUGGCGUCGCUCCGCAGGCCGCGCCGGACGAUUAUGCGGUGCAUCCUCUGGUCAUUUGUUCUGUUUCCGUAUCUUGUGUGUCUCCUUGUUGUCACCACGAUGGUCUUCACGCCCUCGUAUACGCGUGCACCGGCGCACUACGAUGAUCUCCGAGAACGAGCCACCCAAUCCUUGGCCCCCGGCCGCGGCAACAUCAACAAUGAGAAGGUGUUCAUAGCGUCUAGCAUCUAUGAUGACGAGGGACUUUUGGUCGGUGGGGCGUGGGGCAAGGCUGUGUUGGAUUUGGUGGACCUGCUCGGCCCGGACAACGUCUAUUUGAGUAUCUACGAGAAUGAUCCCGCGCCGGCAGCCAACGCCGCCCUCGAGCAGUUCAGGGAGAGGGUGACCUGCAACUCCUCGAUUGUUUCAGAGCACCUUUCCUUGGACGAGGUGCGCCGAGUAACCGUGCCGAAUGGCGAGAAGAGGAUCAAGCGGAUUGCAUACCUUGCCGAAGUUCGAAACAGGGCCCUGCGCCCGCUGGAGACCGCCGAGGUCACCUUUGACAAGGUGCUCUUCCUCAACGACGUGUUUUUCGACCCCGUGGAUGCCGCGCAGCUGCUCUUCUCCACCAACAUGGGCGAAAAUGGCCGCACCGAUUAUCGCGCUGCCUGCGCCGUCGAUUUCAUCAACCCCUUUAAAUUCUACGACACGUUCGCGUCCCGAGACUUGGAGGGCAACAGCAUGGGGAUCCCGUUCUUCCCGUGGUUCCCCAGCGCCGGACACGAUGCUACCAGGAACGAUGUCAUCGGCCAGAAAGACGCGGUGCGUGUUCGCAGCUGCUGGGGCGGUAUGAUUAGCUACGAAGCCAAGUGGUUCCAGUCUACCAAGGCGCUCGCUUCGACCGAUCCUUCCGAGGGCACGGCCUGGGGUGUAGCCACAGCCGCCGGACACGAGGACCCACAGAUCCCCGCAAACAGCUCCGCCAUCCGCUUCCGCUUUGAGGAUCGCACAUACUGGGAUGCUUCGGAAUGCUGCCUUGUGAAUGCGGACAUCCAGAAGCCGCGGCAGCCUGGAGACACGUACUCUCCCAGCGGCAUUUACAUGAACCCGUACAUCCGCACAGCUUACGACGAGCGCACCCUUUCGUGGCUGUGGCUGACUCGCCGCCCGGAGCGUCUCUACUCGCCGAUCCACAACAUCCUAAACUGGUUCGUUGGCUUGCCUGGCGUCAACCCGCGCCGCUUGAUGGAGCCCGGCCAGCAAAUUACGGAGAAGGUGUGGGAGUACAACUCGCCGUACGAAGAGGGCAAGGACAUGACGGGCCAGUGGAAAGAGGUGGAAACGAUUGCUCCUCCGGGAUUCUUCUGCGGAAGCCGGAAGCUGCUCGUUCUCGGAGAGAAGGAGGACGAGCCGAAGUGGAUGAACCUUCCUACGCCCUUGGACAUGAUUGUUUGA